CGUUCAUGGAGGCCGCGGGAGGCGCUGGAGCCGCCUUCCUGAAAGAUAUUGUGGCCUAUGUUGAAGUAUGGUCUUCCAAAGGGACAGAGAAUUACUCAAAGACAUUUACAAAACAACUUGAGGAUAUGGGAGCAACGGUUUCAAAAACUUUCAACAAGCAAGUGACCCAUGUGAUCUUCAAAGAUGGAUAUCAGAGCACCUGGGACAAAGCCCAAAAGACAGGGGCAAAGCUGGUAUCUGUCCUCUGGGUUGAAAAAUGCAGAAUGGCUGGAGCUCAUGUCGAUGAAUCUUUGUUCCCUGCAGUGAAUACUAAUGAAAACCUACCGAGCCUAGUUAGAAGAAAACACAAGUGUAUGCAGCCCAAGGACUUUAUUCCAAAAACACCAGAAAAUGACAAAAGACUUCAAAAGAAAUUUGAGAAAAUGGCUGAAGAGCUACAAAAGCAAAAAACAGCUCUAGAUGACGGUAUUCCUAUCCUCCUGUUUGAGUCUCCUCGCUCACCUGCAUGCAGUUCCACAGUUCCCAUUAGGAGUCACGAGAGCACGAUGAAGAAGAGACUGAAAGAGAUGAAGGAGAAGAGGGAAAAUCUUUCCCCUACCUCAUCCCAGAUACUCGAACAGUCUCAACAGAAUCCAAAUAUCACUCUGUGUGAAGCAUCUUUGAAUGUUUCUCAUCAAUCUUUCAGUUCAGAUGAUUCCUUUGCCAGUCAUUCUCACUCAUCUUUUGAUGCUCUCUGUGGCGAUGAGGAAAGGAGCCUGGGAAGUUCUUCCAAUGAGAUGGCCAUGAAGGCAUGCCAUUCCUCACCUGCAUUGAGGACCAGCAGUUUUUAUGGUUUGGCGUCACCCAACUACCUCAGUCAGCCAUGUUCUCAGCAAGCUCUAGCCAGUCUUUCAAAGGAGGGUAUCAGCUGGCAGAAAGAUGCUGCAGGUACUGUAGCUGAUGUGGAGAGAAAGCAGUCUGCAGAUGUGCCUCAGGGGAUGCCUGAUGAGAAGCACUGUCUGUCUCCUCCAGUGUCUACUGGAGAAAAACGCUUGGCAUAUCCAGGACCCAAGACUUCAUCAGCAAAGAAAAAAAGGUCAGUGGACUUGGGUUCGACUCCAAAAGGAAAACUCAAGAAGAGAUGCAAUAGAAAGGCUGACCUUCCACUACAGCUGUUCAGCUCUGACCAGAGCCUACAGUUCACACCUGAGCCCAUCCCAGGGACUCUUGAUAUUGGGGCGUCUUCAUAUGAGGACUACUUUUCCCCUGAUAAUCUCAAGGAGAGAGAUUCAGAGAGACUUUCUUCUGAGACUCAGCCACUAGCAAGCUCUCUGUUCCACUGUAGAGGGCUCUCAAAGUGGGAGCGAAAAAACAUACUGGAAAUGUGUGAUUUUACUUGCAUUGGUGAAAAACCGAGAUCCAUCAGCAUUACUGACUUAAUUUCAACAAGCACUUCUAGUCUCGAGAAACUUGACAAGCAAAAAGUGAGUACAGCUUCUAGUUGCAUGCCUUUGGUGGGAACAUCUGCUAACAACAGCCCAGAGCAUUGCAGGCAGCCUGGCCCUCAGUGGAGGGAAGACACAGGCCCAGUAGGGAGCACCCGCCCUGAUGGCAUGUACAGUCCUGCUCAUCGCAUCACACCCUUGAAAGGAGAUCGAAUGGAAGCAAGAGAAGCAAUUGAUGUUAAAGGCUCCCCUGAAGAAGGCAUCGCCCCUCCUGUGUCAGCUUCUCCUGAAGGCAAAGCACAUAGCAGUGAUCUCAGUUUUGGAGCAAGUUGUAAUGUAGAAAAGUCUGAAGAAGAAAAGAACGCAUCCACAGGACGUAGUGAAAGUAUUAAAAAUGGACCAAUGAGGCCAGAUACUUCAGAGAGCUCAUGUACAGGCCUUGUCAGACCUCAAAAGAGACCAAAGACACAUGGGAAAGAAAUGAAGCCAAUGAGAACAUUAGUCAUGACAAGCAUGCCAUCUGAGAAGCAGGAACUUAUCAUCCAGGUGGUGAACGCACUGAAAGGCUUUUCCUUCUCACCCGAGGUCUGCGAGUCCACCACCCACGUGCUGGUGGGGAAUGUUGUCCGCACCCUCAACGUGUUGAUGGGGAUUGCACGAGGCUGCUGGAUUAUUUCCUACGAAUGGGUACUGUACUCUUUAGAAUGGGGUCACUGGAUUUCUGAGGAGCCUUUUGAACUCUCCGAAACCUUUCCUGCAGCUCUGAUCUGCCGACUUGAACGCCAGUUGUCCACUCAGCAGUACCAAGGAACCCUCUUUGCCAAUCAGCCAAAGAUAUUCAUCGCACCAGCCAGCAGCCCCCCCAGAGCCAAGCUGUGCGAACUGGUACGCCUGUGUGGUGGCCAAGUCAGCCCAGCCCCUCAGCUGGCCAGCCUCAUCAUUGGUCCCUACAGUGGCAAGAAGGAAGAAAGGAUCCAGUACCUGUCAGAGAAAUGGGUCUUAGAUUCAAUCACCCAGCACAAGGUGUGUGACUUUAAAAACUACCAGUUGCUACAAUGAUACACCUGUGGCUGCUGUCCUCAACACUCAAGAAAGACAGCUGCGGAGAGGAGGAACCAACGUACAAUUUAAGGCUUGAUGUCAGAUGUCACAUGUUACCUUCUAUACUGUGGUUUUCAUCUUCAGUAUGUGUGUAUGGGCGUGUCCGCAUGAGUGCGUGCGUACGUACAUACGUACGUGCGUGCUUGCGUGCGGUGCUGGAGAUUGAAUCCAGGGCUUGCUAAGCAAGCGCUUUACCUACAUUUAUCUUAAAAACCCUUUUGUGUAACUUACUCACGACUCAUAUUGUGUUUCAGAGAAGUAUUGGCCUACACCCAUUGGGUUCUUUAUACAGUACUACUAAUAAUCAUGAUGAAAACAAAAGGUCACAGAACCUUUAUCUGCAGGACACUUUGCUCCCAGUUAUAGAAUGGAGAUUGAUUUAAAUCGCUUUAGUUCUAAACAGGCUAACUUUCCUGGCUUAGACUCUGAGAUCUUUAUUAGUGUGUUUUAUCUUUAUAGGAAGGACAAUCACACAUUAUUAAGAUGCAUUUAUGUCUCUGAGAUGCCUUUCAGAGAAGGAAGACAGUGUGAACAUUUUGUACAGUGACAGCACUUACCUUCUGAGUGGCUACCAUUCAGCCUCAACUGGCUCUUCCGAGGUUCCCUAAGGAAAGCCAGCUACUGGGGCUGAGUUAUGUCAAUGGUGUCCAACCCAGGGCCCGUGUGUCCAACUUGCCUAAGGAUGCCUAUGAUAUGACUAAUACAAAAUUAUAAACUUACUA